UCUUGUUACCAAUUUAUCUGGAAGGUAAUUUAAAAACAACGCCAAAUUCAGUACAGUACACGUGGUACGCAACACGUACGCAAAUGUAAGGUUAGGUUAGGCCGUGCAUUUUCGUCGGGGGGUCUACUCUUAUCAACAAAUAAACAAUUCAAUUUGCAAUAUUUACAGAGUGGUAUCACGAUUUACACUCGAACGAGCACGCAUUAAAUUCUGUUGUGUAACGCUUUUCAUGAGUAUUUAGUGUUCUUAUCACGUGCUCGUUAAACAAGAGGAACCUUUUUGAGCGAUGAACUUAUUUGCUCUCAGUCUGCUGAUAACGAGAUUAGGUUUGACCUUAAGUAAGAUAUUGUGACUUUUGAGUUCUGUUUUAUAUAAAACGUCUGCCAGUCGUUGAUCAAAGCACUUGCUAUUUGUGUAGUGUUGAAUACACAUUCUCUGCUAUUAAAAGUAUCAAUCAAGUGUUUUGUGUAUUUUAAACCAAAGUUUGUGAAUUUUGAUUUUUAAUUUCAAAGAGCGUAAGUUAAUUUUUUAUCGUGGGAGCAAAGGAAGGAAUGCUUACUGGAUACGGAGACUGUCUUGGCAUCCGGACUAGGACGAGCUCAUUGCACCACACCUGGAAGUGGCUACAUCAAACAAUCACCUUGCACGAAUACAUCAUUUCUCUAACAACAUCUCAUAAAAACGCCGAAUCGCAACAAGCUAAGUACCAAUAAGUUUAGUGUUCGGCACAACACCUACAGAACUUUUAACGACUGUUUGUGAUUAGCUACUCCUGCCUUAGUAAUAAGCAAUAAUAAUACGAAAUGGCUCUAGUACAAUUCGCAACUAGAAUAAAUUUCUCGACCGCCAGAAUGGCCUGUCGGCAACUUUCAUCCAAGACCGUCACCGAAAAUGUGAAAAAAUCCGUGUUUAUUUCACAAUCAACGGAUGUGUUUACAAAUUUAGCCCUCGAAGAUUGGUUGUAUCGUAACUUCGACUUUAACAAUCAUCACAUUUUGAUGGUGUCGCACAACGACCCCUCUGUCGUUAUUGGAAAACACCAGAAUCCUUGGAGCGAAACCAAUAUGCCAGAACUUGCACACAUCACCAAUUCCGGUGUACAGGUGGCCCGUCGCAAUUGCAACGGACCUGCGGUGUAUCAUGAUCAAGGAAAUCUCAAUAUGACCUUUUUUACCCCCGCAAACAAAUCUAACCAGGGCCACGACUUGGAAAUGCUGACAAGGGCAUUGUUCCGGAAUUAUGGUAUCGAAGUGAAGAGUAUGGCUAAUAAUGUUAUGUCAGUUAGACAUUUAAAGGUUUCCGAGAACUCCGCAAAAGUAGGUCGUACCAAUGCCUAUCACCAGUGCACUCUGUUUGUUAAUGUCGAUAAAGUGGACCGGACCCUCGCCCUCCAGCAAACAAUUUCUGGAAUACAAAGCAGCGGGCCCCAAUCGGAACACUCGAAGAUAUUCAAUCUGUGCGAGGAGUAUCCCAAAAUAUGCACGGCGGGAGUACUACGAGCAAUCGGAUGGGAGUACCUGAGAACACCCGUAAACUCCUUAAAGGAUGGUGGUCAAGAUCUUGCGAGCAAGCAGAACGGAUUUCAGAUGAUUAAUCCUACCGAACGAUGGUUUCCUGGUAUAACCGAGUUGCGCAAUAAAUUUUCCAGCUGGGAUUGGUGUUUUGCUAAAACCCCCAAGUUUACCGUGACAAAGACGUUCUCCGUCUCGCAAGAAUUUAUGAACGGUUCCGGUGAUCUACGUGUUACAAUGGUCGUGGAACACGGUCGCAUCAGUGAUAUUACUGUACAAAUUCCUUCUGGUUUGUCGACUGGAUUUAGUGGAACCGCUAAUGCCAUCACCAGUCUCAAAUAUCAGAAAUUUUCGGAAGAUGCCAUCAAUGCUCUUCAACAAUCCAUAUGUGGAAGUGGUUAUGGUUUACUUGAUGAUAAAGAUAAGUUUGGUACUGAUUGUGUCCGACAAGUCAUGACCUCUAUGUAAAUUUCUCUUUCAUUGUUUCCAAUAGUAUUUACCUCUCGAACGUAUUUUAGAUGAGAGAAAAAUAGUUACCAACAUUUUAUUUUUAAGUGCAGUAUAAUCCCAUUUAUUAAUGUAAUCAUUGUAUGUUUUAAUACAUUGGUCCUAUAAUUAUUAAGGACAUUUCAUACUUUACUAACGCUCCCUACCCUUGUUAGUGUAAUUUGUAUACAAUGUUAGUCAACAAAUGUGUGGAGUAUAAAAUGUUUUGUGUGUGAUAUUUUAGAAAGUGACUUUUGCUAGUGCCAUUUUAAUUAUUAUUUAGUUUAGUUUAUAACCACUGUCUCGCACAGUCAACAAGAAUUAAUCAUAUCAUUUAUUUUUUAAGUUACUUUACCUAGUUUUUAAUUUUGAAUAAUUAUUCUACACGUCAUAAUUAAUAUUAUUUUAGUUCUUAACGAGCUUACCUAUUUAAGAUUAUUUUAGUGAUUAUGCUAUUUAUCUUGUGAUAUAUUAAUUGUACUGCAGGUGUUGUGCCUUUGUAGAGACAGAUAUUGUUAUAGGUUAAUGGGAUUAUCAAUAAAGGUUGUUGUUAUAAUUA